AUGCUGCUGCACCAGCAGGCUCAGCGCUUGAGCCUUGAAGAAGAUUCCAAUCUUUUGUCAAAGGUUGCUUUUCUGACCACAGCUGAUGAUCAAAGCCAGCAGUUGUGGUGGUCCUUGGACUUCAUGUAUGACCGGUUCAAAUUUCAUGGCGAGAAGAGAAAAUUGCACAAGUGGAUCCAGUUUUUCACGCAAGGCGUCGGAGCAUCAGAUGUGUGUGACCAGGAAUUUUUCUGUCACACCAAGCGGAAUGACUUGCCUGAUGUAGCGCUACGUGAGAACGCUGCUACCACCAAGUCUAUCUUCUCAUUUUUAUAUUUCACCCUCAGAGAAUCCAGAACUCCUUCGAUUCUGAACUUUGUACGCCAGUGGUUGCCUGCCCUUUGCAGCAGAGUCUCCUCAACGUUGCAGAUAGCUCAGGAGGUUCCAGUAGAAGACAUGUUGUCUCUCACAGUGUUCCCGGGAGGACAAGUUACUGGUCUUGAGGAAAUGCUUUCAGAGAGGCACAGGACAAGUUUUGUGGCGUGGAGCAAUGAAUGGAAAGACAUGUAUGAGAAAAGGGAUCUGUCCGAACCUCUCUUAAGUGGUGAAAAUUCAACAGUUUCAUUGCAAGAGCUGGUCAAAUUUGUGUUUUCCGUGGAAAAGAAAAAGCGUUCUGCGGGAACUCACCCAUGGUCUGCAGACUCUGUGUCUGGCUCUUCUUUGCGUCGGGUGCAGAAGGCUCUAGUUCAUUUCAUGGCAGCUGUUUUGGACGUCUUUGUGAUCGACUGGUACAUUCCUCAUCAUGAAACUUCUAGAUUGCCUUCUGCGAGGCGGAGAUCAGGGGAAGGCCUUCAACAUGAAGAAAAUUUUCCCGGACAAGUCGCGAUCAGAAAAAAACAAAGGGUCUCGAUGAAUGUGGAGUCUAUAUGGGAAGUGUUGUGCCAGGAACGGGACUCUAGUCUGACAACGAAGCAAGCAUUGGAGGUAUUGAAAAAGCCAAGCCUGGCCCAAACUGGAGGUUGCACAGGGACUGCAGUGGAUUCGUGGCAGCGCAGGUCGCAAGCGUUGUACGAUGAACGCGCAGCCCUGACCAUGCUGGGCGCAAGCCACUUUAAUUUGAUAUCUGAUGCCUCGACACAUGCCGGAAGAGAAUUACUUGUGAUUCUACCUUUGAACAUCAUUGCCCCAUCGGAGCUGGAGUUGACCUCCUUGGUGGAACAGCUGGCCAAGGACAAAGAGCUGGUUCGUGUAGCUUCCUAUAGGUGGACCAAGGCCCAGCAUGCUGCGGAGGCGUUGUUCGCGCUGAACAAGUUGGAGCGUCUUAUCCAGGAGGAUAAGAAGCGGGCUUUGGAACUCAUGCUUGCGCGUGAGACCCCUGACUCCCUGCCAAUGUUUUUGGACGUUUGGGAGACCAUCAGGAAAGAGCUCAAGCUGCCUGAGAGCGCAACACGUGAUCAUGUUUGGUCUGCGCUGUCAAGCCUACCAACCUUUCGGAACAAGCAGACGCUACCAAAAUUGGGCCGAUGGUUUUCUUGGAACCAAAGUUGUGAAGAGAACCUCUGUCAGUGGACCAGUCUCAAGUUGGUUUUGGCGUAUCAGUAUGAAGGGCAGGGCUUGGAUCCAGACGAUGCGUAUCAAAAGAGACUUUUGCAGUCUUUGGCCCGAGAGACCGGAGCAGAGGACGCUUCCAAUGGCUCCAUGAGGAAACAGUUUAGCAAGAUGAAAGAAAAGCUAGGAGGUGGCUUGAAGCUAUGCUACCACCUCAUGUCUGACAAGCUUCUUCAAAUGACCAACAUCAUUUCUGUGUGCACACGUCCAGUGUGGUCGUGGUACACAUUGCAAGUUCAGACCUGCAAAAAUGCUGCUGACCAAGUGGAGAAUUUGCUGCGGCUUUCAGCAGGGUGGCAGAAGGAAUUCCAUUUGAGGGAACUGGCUGCUGUCCAUGGAGCAUUGACCAGGUCGCAGGAGCAACAUGAUCAAGUCCAAGGCUUGCUUCUUGAGUCCAAGUUUGACGACACAGUGGAGAAGAUCUCUGAACUAAGCGGGCAUUUGUUGAAGCAUCGAGCUUGGUCUCUAUCAAAAUCUUCCGCUCCUCCAGACUGCUAUGUUGGCUUACUCUCGGGCAAUGAGGCGAUUGCAAAGGAUGCUGCGGCGACUCUCAGAGCAGACCAUUGUAUGUUGCUUCAGCUGGAACAAGCUGCUGCAAACGCAGAGGCCAUCCCUCGAAUUUUGGAAGACCUCAAAGCUGUUUACACACCUGCAAUGCGGGUCGUUUACCUUGCUUUUGAAGAAGAUGGGUACAGCCAUGCAUCUGCAGGUGGUUUGCGCCUGUUGACAGGCCUUUUGCGAACGCUGCCAGACUCAAAGGUCAUCGAGGAUGUUCACAGUGAUUUGCGCUUGACCAACCAGCAUCAGCAAACGCGAAGGCAAACUGUGCACCGUCAGCAGCAAACCGUCUGUGGCUCCAGGGUGUUGUCAUCCAGGGGAAUCCCUCACAAGGCAGAAAUUGAUCGUGAAGUCUUUCUUCGAUGUUUUCCACGGACUCGGGACAAGAAGAGGCGUUUCUUUGCGCGUCUCCACCAGCUGCCUGAAGAGUGGUCUACUGUAAUGUCGCGGAAGACAUGGGGCACCAUCAGCGAAGAAACCUUGGUUCGAGGAGUUGCUGCCUUCAAUUUUUUGAGGGCCUACACCCUUGAUGACUUGUCCAGUGAAGGUGUGCGCGUUGCACACGGAAAGCUGAGCAAGUAUGCAGUUGGGCUUCAAGUCUUGCAGUUGAAACCUGCGGAUGCUGCUGUUCCAGAGUACACAGGUUUUUGCUUGAGCAAUUCUCAGUGGGGAGCCUUGUUUUGGCCCGUGUGCAUUUUCCAAGAUGGUGACAUCACAGGAUAUUUCUUGGAUCCAGCAGCUGAAGUUCAUUGGGUUUUCAUGCUGAAGCCACAGGAUUGGCAAGUCGUUUGCACCAAGGCCACACUUGUUGGAGAUCGAAUUGUGAUGAUCCCCACUGACACGGUCCCGAUCUUGAAAUACUACUUUGGGAACACCUCUCACCAAAACCAGUUGACCGUGGCGGACCUCAUUCUUCUAGCUGAAGUGAUGAAUCUAAACAAGGAAGAUUUCAACCCGGAAAAGUUGCUUCGCGUCGAGAUGGUUCACUGCUUGCUGGACAAAAUCAGUCCUGAGGACCACGAAUGGAUUGACAAGGUGAAGGCGUCCAUGAAAAAGCCACAAGCUCAAAAGACCAUUGGUGAUUGUCUUGAUGAAUUCAUUUUGUCCGAGAUGCCUCUGGAAGAGCAGCGGGACUUCAAAGAAGUCGCUGAGGAAGUUCAGACCAGACAGAAGGCAGGAUGGACAUUGGUGGACCAGAAGUUCAGACAACAGCACGAAAAAAAGAAAGCAAAACCUAAGAGAAAACCAAAGGCAAAGGCAAAGCCGGCAGCCAAGCCUGAGCCCAAGGCUAAAUCGGGAAAGUUUGGUCGCAAAAGGAAGAGAAUGGAUGGUGAUGGGCCUGACCUUGGCCCAGAGAAGGGUCGCGAGAGUCAUGGGGAGGCAGCGCCUCGGCUCAUUGACACGCGUGUUUCGAAUCGGCCAAUGAUUUGUCUGUCCACUCUUCUAACAUUAUAA